AGUGCUCGAGAGCUCGUUUCACAGUCUCAGCAACAUCCUCGAGCGGUUUCAUCAGUCGUUCUUCUUCUACUUAACUGUGGGCAACACCAGCUAUCUGUCCAUUGGACUGUAUCUGCCACCGCUAGGUUUGAUGUGUGCGGGUUUGCUGCUAACGGCUAUCACCCUCUGGCUCAGCAGUGGUGACUGGUUGUUGCCUGCAACACACUGUAAGUAA